CGGAUUUCUAAAUUCUGCACGCCUUUUUCGUUCUGCUGCUCGUCUUUAGAUGACGAAACCAGGCCGCGGAGACUCCAGAGGAGGUCGCGGUGGCGAUCGAGGUCGUGGUGGCCGUGGUGGAUUCCGGCAUAGCUUCGGUGGCGAGGGAAGACAAAGCUCAGGCGGAGACGGAGGUCGUGGUGGUUUUGGUGGUGAGAAUCGAGGACGAUUCAGCGAUCGAGGUGGAUUUCGCGGCGGUAGAGGAGGUUUCGGUGGGCGUGGUGGCCGUGGGGACUUCGCAAAUAGAGGUGGCCGUGGUACACCUGGUGGUAGAGGCCGUGGUGGUUUUCGCGGUGGUCGGCGGGUUAUUAUCGAACCACACAGACAUGAGGGGAUAUUUCUGGCUAAAGGGAAGGAAGAUUGCCUUGUCACACUCAACGCAGUCGUGGGGGAAUCUGUAUAUGGUGAAAAGCGGAUUAGCGUGGAAAACGACGGUGGUGAAAAAGUUGAGUAUCGCGUUUGGAAUCCGUUCCGUUCAAAACUUGCUGCUGGUAUUGUUAAUGGGUUGGACCAGAUUCACAUGAAGCCCGGAUCCCGUGUGCUGUAUCUGGGGGCUGCCAGCGGGACUACUGUUUCUCAUGUAUCUGAUAUUGUAGGACCCGAUGGAGUGGUGUAUGCUGUAGAGUUUUCGCACCGUUCUGGACGCGACUUACUGAACGUAGCGAAACACAGAACUAACAUAGUACCUAUCAUUGAGGAUGCCCGGCACCCACACAAGUAUAGGAUGCUUGUCGGUAAGUUCUCUUUGAAAGCUGACGAACCUUCAGGAAUGGUGGACUGCAUUUUCGCAGAUGUCGCUCAACCGGAUCAAUCUCGUAUUGUAGGAGUUAAUGCUGAGUAUUACUUGAAAAAUGCUGGUCAUGCAGUUAUUUCUAUCAAGGCGUCAUGUAUAGAUUCUGUCGCUGCUCCUGAAGUCGUGUUCGCCAAAGAAGUUGAUACAUUACGGAAACUGCAGUUUACCCCCCGAGAACAAGUCACACUAGAACCAUUUGAGAGGGGACAUGCCAUGGUCACAGCACAGUACAGGUACAGUUGCACACGGACAUUUUCUUUCAUUGAAACUCUUUACACAGAGCUCCAAAGAAGUCGAAAACGGAAAAAUAGUUCGAUAUCCAUUGCAUUUGUAUAUAACCGAAUACAUUUUUAC